CUCCUCAGCUGUCCGUCCAUCAUGAAGCUGAAUCUGUUUCUCCUGUUUCUCACUGGUCUGGUCCCAGUCACUGUAUCCGUCCUGAGAACCGUCCCUCACAAUUAUAACCUAAUGAUGACAACAGUAACCUGGCCUGUUGCACAGAAUUACUGCAGGGUGAUGUACACUGACCUGGCAACAAUCCUAAGUGAUACUGAUUGGCUACGAUUUGAGAAAGAAGCAGCAAGCAAACGUCUGACAACAAAUGCCUGGGUCGGAUUGUACAGUGAUCUGAAUAGCUGGCACUGGUCCUUAAACGAUGUCCCACUGAAUGUCAGUUAUACCUAUUGGUACACUGGACAGCCUGAUAAUUCUGGUGGAAAAGAAACAUGUGGUUUAGCAGUUCCAUAUGGUGCAUGGGGGGAUGCACCAUGUACACAACUAAGACCCUUCAUAUGCUACAAUGCUAAUUUCAGUGGUGCUGCCAGGUUCAUCGGCAUCACUAGUCCUCUGUUGACCUGGCCUGAAGCUCAAACUUACUGCCGAACACAUCACACAGACUUGGCCAGCUCUCUUAACAGCUCAGACAGCAACAUAUUAUGGCAGAUCAAACAGAAACUGGAGGAAAAAGGCAUGUUGGAGAACACCACAGUGACCUGGAAGGUGCAGCCAGAUGGAAACAUCUUCCACAAGAAAAAGGAUGAUCUGUAA